UAAAAAAUUAUAAUAUUAUAAUUGAAUAUAUAUAUAAAAUUCCGAAAGUGAAGUUUGUUUUGCAAUUACUAAAAAGCCACUUGUCGGGGUAACCGGUGGGGUUGGCAACUCUCUACUGGAAGAGAAACGUCAUUGGAUGUCUGUCGUAGGACACUGGAUGACAGAGGGAAAAAAAUUACCGCCAGGAGGCGGCCACCUGACACACGCAGCUGGAACAGGAGACACGUCAUUGGAUAGUUUUCUUAAGACACUGGGUGGCGGGGGGAAAAAAUGCCGUCAGGAGGCGGCGGCCGCCGGACACACGCAACUGGAACAGGAGACACAUCACCGGGAGAUGCCUUUGUGCCACAUGCUGCCGAAACGGUGAAGACAUUGUCGCUUAGUCAGUGCGUUGAAGGGACUGUACGGCGAAAAUGCCAUUAGAGGGUGGGCGGACCCCUCACAAGCGCUGCCAAAUCCCGAGACUGAGGGCGGACGACGCCUUACGGGCACCAACCAACGGCAGUCAGUGUUUUGAAGGAGGUGGCCUGAGAACGGGGCUAGCGGUGCGGGCUUGGAAAGCGGGGGCGAGAGAACGGGGUUCCCGCGGGCGCGGCUGCGGCCCCCCCGUAAAGACGGCCGGUCGAACGCCCCUGCUGGAAGAAUCCCCGCGAGCCCAUAGGGAAGGCCGAGAGCGUGUAGUUACUGCUGUCGGGUGCCCGUGCAGGCACCAACCAAAGGCAGUCAGUGUUUUGAAGGAGGUGGCCUGAGAAAGGGGGCUUGCAGUGCGGGCUCGGAAAGCAGGGGCGAGAAUGGGGUUCCCGCUGGUGCGGCUGCAGUCCCCCCAUAAAGACGGCCAGUCGAACGCCCCUGCUGGAAGAAUCCCCGCGAGCCCUAGGGAAGGCCGAGAGCGUAAGGUCACUGCUGUCGGGUGCCUGUAGACAGACACGGCGUGUGGGGGCGGCUGUAGCUUUAGCUCAGGACGUUAGCAGGGUAAACAUAAGUUUGGCAUCGCUCUGUGGGAAGAGAAAAGUCAUUGGAUGCCUGUUGUAGGAGACUGUGUGACAAAAAAAAAAAAAAAAAAAAAAAACGUCAGGAGGCGGCCGCCGGACACACGCAGCUGGAAGCGCAGACACGUCAUUGGAUGGUUGUCGUAAGACACUUGGUGACACACAAAAACCAAAGGAAGAUGCGAUCAGGAGGCGGCCGCUGGACACAAGCAGCUUGAACAGGAGACACAUCAUUGGAUGUUUUUUGUAGGACACUGGGUCAAACACAAAAAAUAAAAAGAUGCCGUCAGGAGGCGGCUGCCGGACACGCAGCUGGAACAGGAGACACGUCACUGAAUGGUUGUCGUAGGACACUGGGUGACACACACAAAAAAGGAUGCCGUCAUGAGACGGCCGAGGGACAUGCGGCCGGAACAGGAGAAACUUCACCAGGAGAUGCCUGCGUGCUACAUUGAUGUGCCUCGGACAACACCUUCAGAUAGACCAUUAACUGUGGUACAUUAUAAACUAUUUUUUUUCUAACUACUGCAACACAUACUCUGUGAAAACUAUAUAAUGUGCAAUAAAUGUUUUCUUAACUCAGUGGCAGCCUCUCCAUGUUGAAAUGGAUUGGACAUCCAUCGCCGUCAAUGAGUAAAUUUAUUUACUUUUUAAAAAAUUUGAUAACUGUGUAACAAUACAGCAAUGACAACAGUAGAAUACUGUGAUAGUCAUCGAUUUAUUCUUGCUCUCAUUUUGCUGAAUCUCACACAUAAUUUCAAGUUAUUGAAACCUAAAAGAAGUACCCCAAAAAUGACAAAAGUGAUUGUUCAAAUGCAGCUCUGGAGGAGGUUAAUACAGUAGAUUCACUGGCAGUUUGGAAAAUGAGGUUGGACUGGCUCCAUGGAGAGAAAACUGGUGCAUCACACUGUACCGGAAGUGUGGAUGAUCAACCCAGUCGUCAGUCUAACUCUGUUGCAAACUGACGUCACUGUUUGUCAAUGACGGUGACAGUGACGUGCUCUCCGACGUGUCUUCCCCCUUCAAGAUCCGGAAUGCUUCGCGACUGAUUCCCAGCAGUUCUCGUAGUCCUUUGUUCUCUAGCUACAAUGCAAGAAACACAAUGAAGCUUUUAUUUCAGUUUCAGCGAGAGACGAGAAAUUGCUUCUACCUCGAGUCGUUUAAUCCGUUCCUCAUCUUCAUAUAAGCGCCCUUCAUCCACUUCUAUCGCUUUCCUCAUGACAGAGGCCAUUUCGUUGAUCUUGUCGGCAUGUGCUUGGAUUUCCUGUUAAAAAAAAAAUCCGAUUGCAGGAAUGUUAAAUUAGAGCUGUACUCGUACAACAUUUUAGAACCGCUCACCGUUGUGUGCUGCUCUUUCAGCUGCGUCACAAUGUUCGGGUCAUCCCUCUUCCUGGCCAUGAGUAGCCUGAACAUCUGCUCCUUGUAUUUGUUCAUGAUGAGCCCCAGCGCCGACUGAUGUUCCUCCAAUGACGUACGCAGCUCUGGACAAAAAUAUUUGUAGGGCUCUUAUUUGACGAUUUUCCUGUUGGAUGCCAAGGAUCAGACUAGAUCGAGGCCGAUGACGUGCAACCUGGUUCAGUGUGUCAAUUUCCAAUUGGUACUGGAAAAAAAUAAAAACACUCAGCAAACGUGGUGGACUUCUUCAUACAGUAUACUUGUCCUCACUUGUUUCAUAGCAUCCACCCGCUUGUUGAGGAAAGUCGUUUGCUCUAUUAACAUCUCUGCUGCGUUGUCGUGGUUACGGAGUCUUUCCACCAACGAUUUGGCAUCAACCAGGACUUUCUCCAAAGUGCAAUUCAUCUCUGAAGAAAUACCACAUACCCUUACUAUUAGGAAAUAUCACUUAAAGAUUUUGAGUCAUUCUUCCAUUUUUGGUCGUACGUAGUUUGUAUUAAACUAAAUUUGAGGGUCCGAACUUAAUCACUUAUUUGCUUCAUAUUUUUUGGGUUGUUUUCUAUGCAAAUACCGUGUCAAAAGACCAAAUAGAUAAAUUAAGGUUCCGCCGCCGUAAAAUUCGAAAUCCGUCGUGAACUGAAGAAUCAGUGAAAUAUUUUCAAACGACACAAUUAUGUAUAGCAAUAGGAUAACGGAAUAUACCAUAUCGUACUUACCUGGCGAGUUCAAAGUGCAAGACAUUAGCUUUAUUAGCCCGGUCCCUUCUUUCUGUUGUUUUGGUAGCUAGCAUUAGCUAUUGCUACGCGCUAGUCCACAUAGAGUCACCAAAGGUGAUCCUCUUUUAAUUAACAAUAGUCACGUUUAAACAAACAAACAUAAAAAAAAAAAAAAGUCGCGUCCAGUUAGCUCAAUUGACACUUUGCUCGACCUAGUAAACCGGAUCCGUAAAAUGAUUAUCAGGAAUAAUAAAAGACAAUAUCACAACAAUCGCGAAUCUUCUCACAAAAUCUCGCGUGAUUACACUACAAGCGUGACAAAAGCAGAAUUUAAAGAUAAAAUGUCAAAUCAUGGAAAAUAUAAAAUAUUGUUCUUAAAUGUUACUACAAAACCACAUAAUUAUUUCGUAUAACUAAACGCACAGUAUUAUCUUUGUUUAAUCGUAACAUACAUGAACCCACAGGGUGGCACUACUGAGUCAAGCUAUUAUUGUUACACUACUAACCGUUAAACAAAGAAGACAGGAAACAUGGCGGAUAGGCUAACGCAACUUCAAGAUGCUGUCAAUUCGCUUGCAGAUCAGUUUUGUAACGCGAUCGGCGUCCUGCAACAGUGCGCUCCCCCUGCCUCUUUCAGUAAUAUUCAGACGUCGUUAAACAACGAUCAGCCUGCAAACCAAACAGAAGAGUACGCUCAGCUAUUUGCAGCCCUGAUUGCCAGAACAGCGAAAGAUGUAGACGUGCUGAUUGACUCUUUACCAAGCGAGGAGUCCACGGCAGCCCUGCAGGCAGCCAGUCUGCGGCAACUGGAGGAGGAGAACCACGAGGCCGCGGCCCGACUAAAAGAAGUGGUCAACCGCGGCGACAUGCUGCUGGAGAAGAUCCAGAGCGCCCUGGCAGACAUUGCCCAGUCUCAGCUACGUACCCGCAACGGCGCGCCGAGCCAGCCUUCACCUGCUGAUUCAUGACCUGCCCCGUUUUGACAUCAUUGUCCUUCUUAUUUAUAACACUCAACUGCAAUCCUCGAAAACCCAUGCUGGAUGUGUCUGUCGGGUGAAAAGAAUAAAGCCAUAAAAGAACACAAAUGUUUACUUGAGGAAAAAAUAAGUAUCGUUCGGCUGCAGUAUGUUUUGUAUAGUCAUUUUGUAAAUAUUUGAGGUCUAAUUUUAUGCUAACGUGUCCAUUUUUGUUAAAUCUUGAAUAAACAAUUUCACUAACCAAAAAGUGCUCAU